GAAUGAUGUUUUUGUAUCAAGGGCAUUCUUCCCAAUGCGCCAGUUAGAGUUUUGAUCUCACAACAACAAGAAUUGAUGAUAUACUAGGUAAUGAUAUUAUCUGGUAAUUUAUACGAUCAUACACGAAUUUUGUGGCAAAAAAUAUGUUAAAAUCCACCCACAAACCAGUCCUUCCACCUGCUUUACCACCGGGAUGGACGGAGCACAAAGCUCCUACAGGUCAUUCUUACUACUAUAAUGCUGAAACAAAACAAUCUACAUAUACGCGACCAGCACCAAUAGUGGUACCACAACAACCUGUUCCAGAUCCAGUCCAGAGCUUUCUUCAAUAUCAGUCUGCUGGGAAUUCAAUACCAAGUGCUGGGCCGAAUUUCAACAGUGUUCCUUCCCGAGAUCAUGGACAUAAUCAAGGUGGCAGGGGUGGCUCACAGGGUCAACGAGGAGGUAGAGGUGGUCAUGAACGUUCACGGGAGAAUCGACCACAGCCAAAUGACAAGCCAAAGUCGCGUUUUCCAAUUCCAGGAUGCGAACCUUGGAUCCUUGUCCAUACCAAAUAUGGAAGAAGGUUUGUCUACAACACCGAGAAGGAUCAGAGUUUUUGGCGGAUACCAGAUAAGCUCAAGGAUGGUAUUUUGAAGCUGGAUCAGUUAAGAAUACAAGAAAAGGCAGAUUCACUUUUGAAGGACCAAAAUGCUGAAGCAGAGUCCAAAGUUUCUGGGCCUGCGCAAAGGCCAGCGAUCAACGAUAUUGCUGCUGAGGUUUCGCAUCCUGAUGGAGAUGACAGCUCUGAAUAUGAAGAAGUGGAGGUCACAGAUGAUGAAGGAGAAAAUGAUAACGUUGAAAAUCCUUCGAAACGUCAACGAACCGAAGAACUUAAUCCUGACGAACCUGUUGAGUUCAAUGAAGACGAUAUCGCAUACCAGCUCGCAGCCAUGGGACAAGAAUACGGAUUAGAUCCCGGAGAAUAUGAUGAUGGCAAUAUGGAUGACUGGGAACCGGGCGCAGAGGGAUUGGAAUUGUCAUUGGAAGAUUCGGCGGCUCUUUUCAAAGAUCUGCUCAAUGACUUUGGUAUAAAUCCAUACUGGCCGUGGGAGAAGUUGAUUGAGGAUGGGAAAAUUGUGGAGGAUACUCGUUAUACCGCUCUUGCGAACACGAAAUCGCGGCGGGAAGUAUGGGACGAAUGGUCAAAGGAAAAGAUUGCACAACUUCGAGAGCUACGAGCAAAAGAAGAGAGGAAGGAUCCAAAGAUUCCAUACUUGGCCUUCUUGCAAAAACACGCAACACCCAAAUUAUAUUGGCCAGAGUUCAAACGGAAAUACAAAAAGGAAGCGGAAAUGAGAGACCCAUCAUUGUUAGACAAAGACCGGGAAAAGUUUUACAGGGAACACAUCAAUCGACUGAAACUCCCACAAUUGAAUCUUAAGUCUGAUCUUUCCACGCUCCUGAAGUCUCAAUCUUCAUCUGCUUUGAACAACGCGACUCUUAUCUCUCAUUUGCCGGCAACGAUCCUUGGGGACAUACGAUACAUCUCACUGGAUGCAGCUGUAAGAGAUCCUCUGAUCGAAGCUUUCAUCACCACUUUACCGCCACCACCUGAAAUAGCUGAUGUAGAAGAGAGUGAGGAAAUCACCAGGCAAAAUUUGGAAAAGGAAAGAAGACAGAAGGCAUUAGAGGAAAGAGAAAGAAGAGUAGCGGAAGAGAAACGGAAACAGCAAAGGGCUUUGGAGUUCGGAAAGGGCAGGCUAAGAGAUGAAGAGGCGGAGAUACAACGUGCUAUGAAUGUCUCCAAAAGAGCUCUCUUGGGACAUUUGAACGGAGGGGAUGUAGACAAGUAAAGUCAGAAACACUGAAAUUUCAGACAUCAGCCUCGAAAUGCCGACACUACUUAAUAUUGAUGGGUUUGGUCCAAACUAUCAUACACCAAAAUCUUCUAAAUUAUCAUCCGAUGCUUGAUACGUUGUUUCCUUUUCGGCUGUAUGUACACAUCCCAAGUCCACGAUACCCUCCACAGUCAAAUAUUCGAAUUAUUGCUAGCUGUAUCCCCUUUUAUUGUUCUUAUUUAUGAAGUCAAGAAUCACGACUGCUUUUGUAAGAGUCA